GAGGGCCAGCCGCGGACAGAAGACCCGAAUUCUCCAGAGACCGAGUCGACUCUCGUUACCGCAGUCGGGACCGCGAUGACUACCGACGGCACUCGCGCUCGCCCCCGCCCCGGCGAGGCCGACCAGCCUACAAGGAUCGCGACCGCGAGGGAUAUCGCUCCCCGGGAUACCGCAGCCGGAGCAGAAGUUACAGCAGUCGCAGCCGCAGUCCUCGCCGCCGACAGCCGCAUUUUGGACACGAGAGCAGGGAGGUGAUGAUGGAUGGUCUACCGGUGGAUAUGGUGGAAGAAGACGUUCGACAGCUCCUUCCCUGGGAGUCUGCUCCCACUUUUGAUGGCAAAGGCUGAGAAUAUGUCGCCGGGUUCCGGCCGACGUGGUUACAGAUUACGAAUGAACUUAAAGAUUAUUAUCAUAUCGAAGGCCUGGAUGACGUCCGGGUCAUUCGGGACCGGCAGACGAGUGGGUGCAUACAUUCUCUGUGUUGCGUUGCUAAUGAGUGCAGAGCUUUCCCGACAACUGGGUUUCUUGCGAUUCAGAAGUCUCAAUUUCUCCCGCGCUUUUCUCGAGCGCAACUUUCCUACGAUCUACCUGCAUGGCCCUAGCGCACAGAACGACCGCGGUACGAAAGUCCGCAUUGCAUACAGCCGUGAAAGGGAAGACCGCGCUCGUGCCCGCGCGGAGGCGGAUUGGAACUGCGUGAUGUGUGGUAUUGUCAAUUACUCUACUCGUCAGAAAUGCUUUCGGUGUCAAGGGCCACGACCUGAUGCUGGACCGGCAGGCCCCCCUGGAUUGCCCGCACCCAAGGUGGAGAACCAUGGCGACAACGAUGCGGCGCCAGAGAAUCAAGCCUCUCAGUUCCUUCUUUUCCGCGGAUUGGAGCCUUCUGUGACAGAAGAGUUGCUGGCCAAGGGAGUUGCCAAGCUGUACCGUCCUACGUCUAGUGCUGAUGCCCCGGGGACUGGGAAAAAAGGAGCCAAGGUGGCUUCUACGACAGGCGAUUCGAACCUGGGUGCUCGGGAUGGCUCUAUCCGCCGUGUUCUGCUGGUGAGAGACCGCCGGACCAACGACAGUUGGCGCUACGGAUUUGCCGAAUUUGCGACUAUCCAGGAUGCCCAAGCUGCCGUAACCCGGCUGAACUCGUUCGAAAAGUUCACCAUUUCAUCUCGGCCAGUUCUCGUCAGCUACAUCCAUGCGGGUGUAUUUGUUCCGGUCCUCAAUCCCACUGCCAGCACCGAGCGAUUUACCUUCAGCCCCCUGAGCAGCCCGGCCUUGAAACUCAUGUACUGGGAUGAAGAAGCCUAUGUGACCGAACUUACCGUGUCGACGGCAGAUCUGGACAAUCCCAAGGAUAAACCCGCUCAGCCCGAGAGCAAGUCCAAGGAGGCAGAAAAAGCCAAGAAGCGCAAGGCGGAGGCUGCAUCCGCGGCUGGCGCCAAGAAGAUGGCCGUCCCGUCGCAUCUGCAGUUCUGGAGCAACCGCCAUGCCGAGUUGCACGGGAUUCAGAAGAAAGACGCGGAUGACAAGAGCACGGAGCAUGGCUCGGACCGCGGAGCGUCUCCGUCGGAUGCGGCGCCGCCCACCCAGUCCUACGCCGAUCCCAACCGCAACUGCUGCUACCUGUGCAUGCGCCAGUUCAAGUCAUCGGCGGAGGUCAACCGCCACGAACGUCUCAGUCAACUGCAUCGUGGCAAUCUGCAAAACGAGGAACUCACUGCCAAGGCGAUGGGAAAGCUGAUCAAGCACGGCAUUAUCGCCGCACCCACGGAGUACCGUGACCGGGCGCGAGAGCGCCGCAAGGCAUUUGGCAGCUCCAAGCCGGCGGCCAAGCCGGCAGCCAAGAACCGGCCGGCCCCAGCCUCGGCUCCCCAGGAAGAAGAACCCGUGCAAACCACCUCCAAGGGGGCAUCUCUCCUCAGCAAGAUGGGAUGGACGGGCGCUGGUCUGGGUGCGCAAGGCACGGGCAUGACGGCGCCGAUAGCCACCGAAGUAUAUGCACAGGGCGUGGGCCUUGGGGCGCAGGGGGGAAAGUUAGGCGAUGCGACGGAGGAGGCCGGACGGAAUACCCGCAACCGGUACGAGGAAUUCCUGGCAAAGACGAAGCAACAGGCGCGGGAACGAUACGAGCAGAUGGACCGAUAGUGAUGCAGUGUAUGCAUAUGCUUAUACAAAUCGAGUGGAG